AUGUCUACUGCAAACGAAAAUAACAAUCAAAUUAUCAAAGAUCCUCAAGAACAAAUAGUAAAUCCUUGGAAUGUUCGUGGAGCAAUCAUUGAGGGAGAACCGCAAGCAAUUAAUUAUGACAAAUUGAUCGAACAAUUUGGUACAAAAUCAAUCGAAAAAGAUCUCUUGGAAAGAUUUGAAACUUUAACGGGAAAAAAAUGUCAUGUAUGGCUACAAGAAGUUUUUGAUGUACCACUUGUCAUUCAAUUGACCGAUGAUGAAAAAUUUCUUUUUAGAGCAGACCUUACACUAGAAGAUGCUAAUAAAUACGCAUAUGAAAAUGCAAAAGAUAUUGUUGCUUGUGGAUUUAAACUUGAAAAAACUUAUAUUUUCUCGAAUCUUGACUCUAUUAGCGGUCCGUUUUAUCGUAACAUUGUAAGAAUAGCAAAGUGUAUCACAACCAGUCAAUUGAAAUCUACUUUUGGCUUCAAUGAUAGCGAUAAUAUUGGAAAACUUCAUUUUGCCGCGAUUCAAUCUGCACCUUCGUUUUCUAAUACUUUUCCUCAAAUAUUUGGUACCGAUAGUGAUAUUCCUUGUUUGAUUCCCUGUGCUAUUGAUCAGGGUUCUCAAACAAAAAUGAGUGCUUCUGUUGAUAAUUCUGCAAUUUUUAUGACUGAUACUCGAGACAAAAUCCAGACAAAGAUUAAUAAAUAUGCCUUUUCUGGUGGUGGUGAUACUUUAGAGCUUCAUAAACUUCAUGGCGGUAAUCCUGAUAUAGACGUGGCGUAUCAAUAUUUGCGCGUGUUCUUGAACAAUGAUGAAGAAUUGGAUAAUCUAUAUAAAACUUAUAAAUCUGGUGAAUUGAUGACUAAUGAAUUGAAGGCUGUGUGUAUUAAAGUAAUACAAGAAUUUGUUGGCGAUUUUCAAAAGCGUAAAUCAGAAAUUAGUGACGAACUAGUACGUCAAUUCAUGGAUUCCAAUAGAAAAAUCCACAUUUAA